AUGGAGGCGGCCUUCUUCGGGGGCGCGUCUUCGUCGGCGGUCCCGCGCGCCGCGUGGCUCGGCGAGUUCGCGGAAAUGGCGCGGCGCGUGUGGCUGCUGCACUGCCUGUUCUGGGCGUUCGACGGCGCCGCGUCGGUGUUCCAGGCGCGCCCCGGGGACCGGUUCUCGGAGGUGUUCAUGGAGAGCGUCAGCGACGCGGACGGCGGCGGGACGACGCCGGUUCCAGCGCAAGCACCGAGCGGGCACCUCGCCGUCGGGUUCACCGUGGUGCCGGGGUUCCAGCUCGGCCGGACGGUGAUACAAUGCCGGGUCUACCUUUCCCACUCGGAGCACCGGCCCUGA